CUGGCAACGGCCGCGAAGCCGCCGGGCCGAGCUGCAGAGUCACUAAUUAGGGAGCUGGCAUCAGAGGCGUGUUGACGUUAAGCACGUGGGAAAGCGACCGCGGAUCUGGGGCUACGCCAAGAGCCCCAACUGCGGGUUAGGAAUUGCAGACUUGGGAAAACCUCACUGAAGAGACCUCUGGAAGCCUCCGUUUGUCUGCUCCAGGAUGAACGUCGGCGUGGCGCACAGCGAGGUGAACCCCAACACGCGGGUGAUGAACAGCCGGGGGAUCUGGCUGGCAUAUGUGAUCUCCGUGGGAGUCCUCCACAUCGUUCUCCUCAGCAUCCCGUUCUUCAGCAUUCCUGUGGUCUGGACGCUCACCAACGUCAUACACAACCUGGUCAUGUACGUGCUGCUGCACGCGGUGAAGGGGACCCCCUUCGAGACCCCAGACCAGGGCAAGGAUCGCCUCCUCACGCACUGGGAGCAGAUAGACUACGGGACGCAGUGCACCUCAGCGCGGAAGUUCCUCAGCAUCUCCCCAGUAGUGCUGUACCUCCUCACCAGCUUCUACACCAAAUACGACCCCGUGCACUUCAUCGUCAACACGGCCUCCCUGCUCAGCGUCCUUCUGCCUAAGCUGCCCCAGUUCCACGGUGUGCGGGUCUUCGGCAUCAACAAGUACUGAGGCGCGGCACUUCCAGCAGAGAGGCAGCGGAGCCGGGGGACGGAGAAAGGACGACGGAGCCGGCUGGAGAGCAGGGGUGAGGAGGGCUGGGCGCAGGGCAGGGACCACUCCGGCUUUUAGCCAGGGUUUUAGCAAGGUUCCUCCGCCUCAGAGGAGCUCCUCGCUGGGGCUUUAUCCCUUCGGUGAAGAGAGGCACGCAGCUGAGCGGUACAGAGCGGUCGUGUCACACGUGCGUGUUUCCUUCGAGCUCACCUCCGUGUAACCAUGCAGAAAGCACCUACGAGGGGAGAACUGCUGACUAGUGGGAAGAGUUGCCCACCUACACCUCCCUCGUCCUCAUGUUUUCUA